AUGAAUAUCCUUCUUUACAUCAAAGCUGUUGGUUUCUUUCUUUUGGCAGUGAUUGGAAUUCCAGGCAAUGUGUAUAUUUUGUUCAAGUUUGCCAUUAUCAAAAUUACAGAAAAGAAGCUCUUGCCAACUAACUCUAUCCUGAUGGUUCUGGCAUUCAUGAAUCUGCUUAUUGUUUUUUCCCGCAUUAUCCUCCAAUUUCUCAAUGCCAUUGGAAUAGAAAACUUCAUGGAUGACUCAAAGUGCAAAUUCUUUGUCUACACCUAUAGAGUGAGCAGAGCAAUGUCCAUUUGCACCACCAGUUUGCUCAGCUGUUAUCAGUGUAUCAUCAUUGCUCCACAAACUAGACUCUGGGCAUAUCUGAAGCAAACUGCGAUGCCGAAUGUAUUGCUAAUAACUACAGCCAUCUUACUAGCCAACCUCAUACUCUACCCAGGUAGCAUUUUGUAUGCUAUAGUGAAAAAAAAUUCUACAACUUCACCAUAUACACUGCAUUUAGUUUACUGUGACAUGGACUAUCUGACUUACGAGGCAUACAUAAUUAAUGGGGUAAUGUUUGCCUGUAGGGAUUUCCUGUUUGUUGGGCUUAUGACUGCUGCAAGUAUUUAUAUUGUUUAUGUUUUGCUUUGCCAUGAAAAAUCUAUAAAAGGCAAAAGGAGCACAGACCGAGUGCCUGGAAAAUCAGUUGAAUACAAAGCUUCUAGAGCUGUUAUUAUGUUAGUUUUGCUCUAUGUACUUUUGUUUGGAUUUGACAACUCCAUGUGGAUCUAUACACUGACGCUCUCCAAUGUGACCCCUGAUAUGAAUGAUGCCAGGAUUGUGCUGGCCUGCUCCUACUCUGCAUUGAGCCCUAUAGUUAUAAUUGCCACCAACCCCAAAUUGCAGCAAUUGUUAAAUUUUUUAAAGAGGAGGAAGUUUUUCUAUUGUGAUAGCAAGGCUGAAGAAAGAGACAAUGAAAUAAACUGUAUUGGCAUAUAAAAGUUCUUUGGAUUGAGGCAGUACAUUUGAAUGCAAAUAUUGUAUUGUGGAUUAUAAAUACUAGACUGAAAAAAAUAAUCAUUACCCAUGAUGUUAUGUAAUUUUAUGCAUUUGCAAAAGCGUUGUUAUGUUGGCUAUAUCAUGAAUCCUGAAGGUUUGGAUGACAGAACAGGCCUACCAUAUAAGUGAAAUAAAACAUUCAGCCCAUAUAAAAUAAUUGAAAAAUCAGCCCUAUGCGCAAACACAAUAUUAUUUAAGACAAACACGGUAAAGAAUAUAGUA